UUGAACGGUGAAGAUCCUGGAGUCACUCUUGUUGUUUUUCCAGUAAAUGUGGCCUCUGCCUUCCUCGCCCUGUUUGAGUCUGUGCUGCAGGUGGAAUCCUGGUGUGGAGCUGAGAAGAAAUCUGUCAAACUCAGAGUCAUCAGAUUUUCAUCACAUCAGUUCAACAGAAUUGAUGUGAUGAAGCUGCUGUCAGUCCUCAUCCUCCUCCUGCUUCCUCUGCUGACCUGCUGUGAACCUUUCAUCCUUCCACUGGACUGCAGCGAUGUCUAUAACCAAGACACCAGUCGAACCAGUGGAGUGUACACCAUCUAUCCCAUUGGAGCCACGUCUGCUGUCCUGGUAUACUGUGACAUGGACUCACAAGGACAGUGGACGGUGUUCCAGAGGAGGUUGGACGGCUCGGUGAACUUCUACAGACCCUGGGAUCAGUACAAGACGGGCUUUGGUAACGCUGCUGGAGAGUACUGGCUCGGCUUGGAAAAUGUUUUCUACCUGACGCAGAGAAAAAGGUACGAGCUGAUGGUCAACAUGGAAGAUUUUGAUGGAAACAAAGUGUUUGCUCGUUACUCCUCGUUCUCCAUCGAUGGAGAGUCUGACGGCUACAGGCUGAAUGUGUCUGGAUUCACUGAUGGAGGGGCAGGAGAUGCCCUGAAUUCUCACAAUCGACAAAAGUUCACUACGUUUGACAAAGACCAGGACAGCUCGUCAGGUAACUGUGCAAAAACAUAUCUGGGGGCGUUCUGGUACAACAGCUGUCACCAUGCAAAUCCUAACGGGGUUUAUCGUUGGGGGGCUGAUGGUACUAUCUUUGCUGUUGGUGUGUCCUGGCACCAGUGGAAGGGUCAUGAUUACUCUCUGAAGACCAUCAGCAUGAAGAUCCGCCCUCUGCAGUAAAUCUGCAGAACAAACAAAUCUGUGACAUGAAUAUUUAACAACAGCAGUCAAAAAGUGUGCAAAGCAGCAAUCAAAGCAAAGGAUGGCUAAACUUUGAUUACGAGAGAGAGAAAGAUUAGUGAUCUUUUUCUUUUUCUUUAAA